AUGAUAUUUAAUUCUUUUGUAGUUUCUUGGUAGUACGUAUUAAUAAACCCUCCUUAUAAACACCCAUCCUCUCCUUGCUGCUACUACUACCUCCAUCCAUCCCCUCAAACAAGGAGAGAGAGAGAGAGAAGGAAAAAGUGGGUAGAGAUGGGGAAGUGGGCCCCACUUCUUCUAGCGGCGGUGCUGUCGACGGCGUUCUGCUGCACCCGCGGGGGCAUCCCGACGACGUUGGACGGUCCGUUUAAACCGGUGACCGUAAACGCCGGGUUCCGCGGAAAGGCGGCGGACUUACCGGACUCCGACCCGAGGGUCCGGCGCCGGGUUAACGGGUUCGAACCCGAACAGAUAUCGGUAUCCUUGUCGGCGACCGAGGAUUCAGUUUAUAUCUCUUGGAUCACAGGAGAAUUUCAAAUUGGUGAUGACAUUGAGCCGUUGGAUCCUGAAACUGUAGCUAGCAUAGUUCGUUAUGGAAGGAGGAGGCAUUCAUUGAAUAAUGAAGCCGCUGGCCAUUCGCUUGUUUAUAGUCAGCUCUACCCAUUUGAAGGCCUUCAGAAUUAUACUUCUGGGAUAAUUCAUCAUGUUCGCCUCACAGGACUGAAGCCAAAUACAAAGCACUACUAUCAAUGCGGAGACCCUUCAAUACCAUCCAUGAGCAAAACCCACAAAUUCAAAACGAUGCCAAAUCCGGGUCCAACCCGUUACCCGAAAAGAAUCGCAGUCAUCGGCGAUUUGGGUCUGACGUACAACACAACAUCCACAAUGGAUCACUUGAGGAGGAACAAGCCUGAUCUAAUUAUGUUAGCAGGAGAUGUCACUUAUGCAAACAUGUACUUAACAAACGGCACUGGUUCAGGCUGCUACUCUUGCUCGUUCAAAAAUUCACCGAUACACGAAAGUUAUCAGCCUCGUUGGGAUUAUUGGGGACGGUACAUGGAACCUGUGAUAUCUGAAACACCGACGAUGAUUGUAGAAGGAAACCAUGAGCUUGAAUUACAAGCUGAGAAUAAGUCGUUUGUAGCGUAUAGUUCCAGAUUCGCGUUUCCUUCUGAAGAAAGCGGAUCAGGUUCCACGUUUUACUACUCCUUCAAUGCGGGAGGGAUACAUUUUGUUAUGCUUGGUGCGUACACUUCUUACAAAAAGUCAGGGGAGCAAUAUAAAUGGCUGGAGAGAGAUUUGGCCAAUGUAGACAGAAGUGUGACUCCUUGGUUGGUAGCUAUGUGGCAUCCACCAUGGUACAGCACCUACAAAGCCCAUUACAGGGAAGUAGAGUGCAUGAGGGUGGAAAUGGAAGACUUGUUAUACUCCUAUGGCGUUGACAUUGCCUUUUGUGGUCAUGUUCAUGCGUAUGAAAGAUCAAAUCGAGUCUACAACUACACAGUAGAUCCCUGUGGACCUGUACACAUAACGAUUGGCGAUGGAGGUAACAUAGAAAAGAUGGCAGUGGAUCAUGCUGAUGAGCCUGCCAACUGUCCGAAUCCAUUGAAAACACCCGAUAAAAUCAUGGGCGGAUAUUGUGGUUUCAACUUCUCUUCAGGUCCUGCUGCAGGCAAAUUUUGCUGGGAUCAACAACCAGAGUAUAGUGCGUAUAGAGAGAGUAGCUUUGGUCAUGGUAUCUUAGAGGUGAAGAAUGAGACACACGCUCUGUGGACAUGGCACAGAAAUCAGGAUUGGUACAAUAGCGCGGGAGAUCAGAUAUACAUAGUCAGACAACCUGAGAAAUGCCAUGUCAAGCCCGAAUCAUUACCAAGAAAUUGAGGAAGACAUGAGAUCGCAUGAUAUCAAGAAAAACCUUGGAGAAUAUCAGAGGACGUACGUGGAUCAAAUGGAAACGAAAUGUAUUGUAGUAUAUUCAUAUAUGUUUUUAACUCGUUGGGACUUGAUGUGUUCAAAGAAGUAAUAAAACUAAAUAAAAAGUUUGAUUAGAUACCGAACAGUCGUUCAGGGCCCGUUUGGAUGGAGUAUUUUGUUCCGAAAAUUAGGAGGAAAACUGUCAAAAUCGUCGCUUUUUGACAGCUUUCCCCCAAAAUCGUCUCUUUAAGCUUUCCACCAAAAUCGCCUCUUAAAAGGUGAUUUUAGGGCCAAAAAAACUGCCAAUUUAGCAGCUUUCCUCCCAAUUUUCAAGGCAAAACACCACAUCCAAAUGGGCCCUCAGCCUUUUUGAUCAGAUAUGUUCUCGUGACUUGGGCAAUAAUCACUUGAAAACUACCAAAUUUGUGAAUUGCAUGAAAUUUAUCAUCUUCUAUAAGAUUCUAUUAAUAAUCUCCCUCGUCCAUAUUUCACUCUUAUCUUUAAUUUCUAUAACUCACUACUAUCUUUAGAAAUUUCCUUGCACAGAAUUCAAACCGAAAGACCCGCUCACCAACACAAAAUCAAAUCAAUAGCAACCACAAAGUUUUAAAGUUUAAAAAAGAAAAAGAAGAAGAAAAAAAAAUUCCCAAUACCUCAACUUAAUCGCUGCGCACGAAACACAAAAUAAUCUCUCAAAACAAAAUCACUUACCUCCAGCAAGAAAAUGGCAGGCCGCGGCCUUCAAG